CUUUUUAGCGGCUAUCCUCAGUUUAGAAGACAAGGACGACACCGGAAGUGGGCCGCUGAACCGAGCAGUAGGUGCUGGGACUGUCCGGAAAACCAAAUCGCAGCGGGAGAAACAGAGGCUGCCAUUUCCGGUGACAAAUGCAGAAGGGAGGAGAGCUGUCUGGGUGUGCAGGAGCCUCCUCUGAUGGCAUGUGACUGCAGCUGUGUGACCACAGAAGGGACGAGUAAUGACACGUGGGGUGUCGUGGGCUGACGUUACUCUCUAAAUGUCUGCUGUGCUCUGGACGGUCAAGCUGGAGAUGCACAAGAAAAACCAAAGACUGGAGUGGUCAACAUGCAGCUGGAAAUCUGCUCUAGUAGCCAAUCAUUGAAGAGAAACCCCCAUGACCAUUGAUUGACUGGUGUGCUUUGUAAAAUGUGGCCUAACAGAGCUGAAUCUCACACAUAGGUGACCAGAAAGACCCUCCAUUUAUGUGUGGAGGCAAACUCAAAAACCUUGAAAGGCAAAGGGUCAGGCCUGCCAGCACUUCCCACAGGUUUUCUUUCCUUCUGCUGGUGACCGCUGGAUGUGCUGGCUGUCAUCGGUAUCCUUUGGUCAUAUCUUACUGUCGUGGGUUUGGUGUACACUGGAGGGUGAAGGCCUUCUGUCAAGGACACUCGAACAUCAGGGUGCAGAAUACAACAGACAAGGGCAGAAUCUCAGACCACACAGUAGCCUCGGCAUACGCCAUGGAGAACAUUAAAGGUGAAGACGGUGAGUGGGAGUCGGGGCAACUUCAGAUGAAACAGGAGGACUGGCAGUGGAGACAAGUCGUCAUUAAAGAGGAGCCUGAGACAAUGUCUGAUGCCAGUGAUCUGCACAAUAAUGAGGUGAUCAACAGCAUCAAGGCCGAAGACCUCAAAUCGGAGUUGGUACCUCAGCUUGUGUGUCCAGAUGAGGAGGGAACUGGAGCGGAUGUGACGAAGAGCGGACCUCAGAGUGUCCAGGUGAAGACUGACCCUCUGGACUGUGAUGUGAAACCAACUGAGAAAGCAUCAGGUUCAAGGAAUUGUGGUGAAGAUCUACAUGAAAGUGGCACCUUCUCCCCAUCUUCAUUUCCUCAGACCUCUCUUCACCAUAAACCACAGCAAAAUGAAGUUGUACAAGAACCAACAUCUGGAUCAGGGAUUUUGUUACUAGCCUUAUUGCCAUGCAGUUUUCAGCUUCCUGUGAAUUUAACAAAUAUAGAAGUAAUCAGCAAUCAAAAACAGGUGUGUGAUGCAAAUUCAUCAGGUGUGGAAGAUAGUCAAGACUCUAAGAAAACCUCAGAAAAGAACUCUGUAACCAAAACUAAGGUGAAUGAUACAAGACAGAAACCAUAUUGCUGUUCUGAAUGUGGCAAAACAUUUACUGUCAAGAGAAGUCUUAACACCCACAUGAGAAUUCACACUGGAGAGAAGCUACAUGGCUGUCCUCAGUGCGGCAAGCAAUUUCCACAAAUGAGCCAUCUUCUGACUCACAUAAGAGUUCACACUGGAGAGAGACCAUACAGCUGUUCUCAAUGUGGCAAACGAUUUUUGCGAAGGAGCAGUCUAUACGUACAUUUAAGAAUUCACACUGGUGAGAAACCAUAUUGCUGCUCUGAAUGUGGUAUUAGAUUUACUGACAGUAGUGGGCUUAAAAGUCACAUGAAUACUCACACUGGAGAGAAACCAUACUGCUGCUCGGAAUGUGGUAAACGAUUUUCACGAAUGACCCAUGUUCGGGCCCACCAACGAAUUCACACAGGAGAGAAGCCAUUCUGCUGUUCUGAAUGUGGCAAACGGUUUUCUCAAAUGAGGAGUCUAUGUAAACAUUUAAGAAUUCACACUCGAAAGAAGCUCUAUUGCUGUUCUGAAUGUGGAAACCGAUACACCAGCCAGAGCAGUCUUCAGAUCCACACACAAUUUCACAGAGGGGAAAAACUUUAUUCUUGUCCUGAUUGUGGGAAACAGUUCUACAGUAGUAGCAAUCUUCAGAACCACACAAGAAUCCACAGUGGAGAGGAGCCUUAUUGCUGUUCUGAAUGUGGCAAACGAUUCUCUCAAAAAAGCAGUCUAAAUAAACACACAAAAAUUCACACUAAAGAGAAACCUUACAGCUGUUCUAAAUGUAGGAAACGGUUUUCACGAAAGAGCAGUUUAAACACCCACUUAGUAACUCACACAGGGGAGAAGCCAUAUUGCUGUUCAGAAUGUGGUAAACAUUUUUCACAAACAAGCAGUUUAAAUAAACACAAAAAACUUCACACUGCAGAGUCAUAUUGCUGUUUGGAAUGUGGCCAGCAGUUUGCCACCAAAUUCAAACUUAAAAGUCAUGCAAGAAUUCACACUGGAGAAAAACUGCGUUGUUGUUCUGAAUGUGGGAAAUACUUCUCCAGCAAUACCAAGCUUCAUAUCCACAAAAGAAGUCACACUGGAGAAAAGCCCUAUUGUUGUUUAGAAUGUGGCAAGCAAUUUGCACAAAUGAGCAACCUAAAUAAACACACAAGAACUCACACUGGAGAGAAGCCAUAUUGCUGUUCAGAGUGUGGGAAACGAUUCACACGAAGUGAGUCUCUUCGGAGCCACACAAGAGUUCACACAGGAGAGAAGGCAACAAGGCAAAAAGAAAAAGACAAUGGCAACUCUCUGACAGACAGCGUGAUACAGUAAUCCAUCUGAUUGGUGAUUAUGAAGAGUUGAAGGUCAAAGGUUAAAUGCAAAGACAUAAAGUAGCCAGAUUACUCCAUUGGAAAAUUAUUUAAUAAAUAAAUAAAUAAUACUCUGUCAUGCUGGGAUAACUGAAGUAUUACGACACAGACAAAAAUGAACAAAAUAUCAACAUGUGCCAUCACAAAUAAACCAAAUGUGGAAACUCAGACUGAGCCAGUGGUGCUGGACUCUAAAGGCUGACCUUGACUUCCUAGUAAUCACUACACCCAUCUCACGUACAAAAAGAAGAAGCGUAAUUACAAACAAGAUGGGUGCUGCACUGAGCCGUCUCUGCAGUGUAAAAGAACAGCGAUAGCUGAGGCUCAUCGAGAGUUGGAGCAAACUUACCAGGUUAAUUGGGGGAGAGACCCUCCAUAACGGGCAAGGAGGCAGUGAGAGUUCCUUGGGACACACAAGGUCCAUCAAACAGAAAAAGUGCCGGACAUCUUUAUUAAGGAGUAUCUUCUAAGAAGGCACAGAAAGUGAAGUUGAACCCCCAUGCAGCUACUCGGUGCUGGAGAGAGAAAGAGGACAAAAGUACCAGGGAAUGCUGUUGGAGAUGUGGGGCAGAAGAACCCAAACUGUUCCAGCGGUUCCACUGCACAGAGCAACAUACAGGAUUAGGGAGAGACAUCGAGCAACGAGAGGCUGAGCCUGAUGUGCCAACGUCAUCCGUGGGAGUGGAAGUGCAAGAAGUGCUGAGUGUGUUGUGUUGCUGCUGAGUGAGAAUUCAUUAAAAUACAAAUUUUGCUCCUAAAAUCUUUAUUGUUUGGUUGAUGCUAAGGAGACGUGUGGGAAUUAUUUUCCUUUUUCCUUUUAGAAGGGUUUUUUGCCUUUUUAUUUUGCCCAA